CGCAAGCGUCAUUCCUCCGCUAGUCUCCAUUUUGUUCAGUUGUCCGGUCUUUGCAGAUUCGCUGUCUACACUUUACAGUCAGAAUUUAGUGAAAUUACACCGAAAAACCCGGUAAAAUCCGUUUAGAGGUGAAAAAUAAACCGAACAGACAUCAUGACUGCCAACAGCGAGUGCGUUAAAUCAGCAAUUUUCGAGAAAUGUUCGGUCGUUCUGGUUGAUGUUUUGGGCACUACCACGUCUAUUGAUUUCGCUAAGGAGACCCUUUUUCCAUUUGCAACAAAGAACGCAACAGAAACUUUAAAAGCCCAAUGGGAAUCAGAUGAUUUAAAGGAAGCCCUCAAGACAAUCAAAAAGGACGAUACAGAACUGGAUGUUGAAGCAGCUGCAAAACUGGUCUCGGAACUAACUGAAGCUGGAAGUGAAGCUCCUGGACUAAAAACCAUACAGGGAAUGAUCUAUCAAAAAGGAUAUGAAAGUGGGGACUUGAAAUCACAUGUAUUUGAUGAUGUGCCAACUGCUUUUGAAUUAUGGGCCAAAUCAAAAAAAGUCUGUGUAUACUCAACAGGCAGUAAAGAUUCUCAGAAGCAACUGUUCUCCCACUCUAUCAAAGGAGACCUGACCGCUCAUAUCACGGAAUAUUUCGACCAAUCAGUGGGCCCAAAAACCGAAGCUGACAGCUACCAAAAAAUUGUCGCUGAAUUAAGUGUGAAACCUGACGAGGUUCUUUUUAUAAGCGAUCAAGUGGCUGAAGUAAAAGCUGCCCUCGAAGCGGGAUUAUCCUCGAUAGUGGUCACCAGGGAGGGAAAUGCUAAGCUAGAAGAAGCGGACGUUAAAGAUUUAACGGUAGUGUCGUCAUUUGCGGAAGUGAACUUUGAGAAUACACAAAAGAGGAAGAUCGACGACGAGGAGCCACAGGUGGCCACAGAGGAACCCCCAAGCAAAAUGGCCAAAACUGAGUCUGAACCUGAAGCAGAAAAAGAAACUGUUGAGAAAAAAGAGACUGUUGAAGCCGAAGAAGCCAUGGAGGUCGACAAUGCGAAAACAGAAAUCAAGACUGUCGAAGAACCGAAGACUGAAGUAGCUGAAGAGAAAAAACCAGAAGAAGCGAAACAAACUGAAGAUGAAAUGGAGGUUGACACCAAAACUGAAGAAAAAAAAGACGAAAACAAAGUAGAUAGCACCAGUAACGAAUGUAAAGAGGAACCAUCGCCGAAGGAAGAGAAAACCGAAAAGACUGACGAAGCAGUAACAGAAAAAGAAGAAACCUCCGAAGCCAAACCCACAGAAGAAGUGCCAAAGACUGAAAAAAAAGAAGAAGAAAAAAAAGUCGAACCCGAAGUUGCCAAAGUGGAAUCUUCAGAAGUGACGACUUCCAGUGAUAAAGUCGAGGCUGUAAGCGAAACUGUUGCAGAACCAGAAGCGAAAGUAGAAGAGCCCAAAAAAGAAGAAGAAAAAGAAGUGAAAGGAGAGGAGCCAACGAAAGUGGAAGAAGUGAAAGCUGAAGAGUCAACAAAAGUGGAUGAAGCCAAAGCAGAAAAGAUGGAGGAACCGAAGGUGGAAGAAACGCCUGCCAAAAAGCCCGAUUUGACCGAAAAGAAACCGGAAGAGGAGGAGAAAGAGAACAAAAAGGACUUGGCCAACGGGUUGGAGAAUGGAGAGGAGGCAGCCGCGGCAGUGUGUGUAUUGAACGGGGAAGCAUCGACGGACAAAGUAAACGGCGAUUCAAGCGACACCGCCGAAGAAAAACAGACCAACGGCACCAUCGAACCCGAAGAAAAACCGAAAUCUGUCGAUCCUGCGACAGAAACCGUCGAGGAGGCGAAAGCGAAAAAAGUGGAGCCGGAAACCGCCCCCGGAGUCGCCGUGGAGGCAUAAGAGAACUUCUUUUCCGCAUAAUUGUUAUCAUUUCGUUCAUUAGUUAAAUACUUCGUUCAUUUUCCGGCUAUCGGGGACGGGGACUAAACACAUUCCGACUGAAACAUGCUGACACUUAUUCGAAGCAAAUGAGACUAAAAAAUUACCAGUUUUCUAUUACUAGUCAUAAAUUAUAUAAUCGUGAAAAUGAUGCUUAGUCCUCGAUGGUCGCUAAUUAUUUAUGCUCUCCCUGUAUAUAUACGUUUGUUCCUAUGGUACACUUACACAGAUGAAACAAAAAAAGAAAAUUCUCUCGUUUUUUAAUAUUUGAUAAGACUGGAAUCGUGUUUGUUUUUUGAUACUACCCGUUUUUUAGGUGAUAAAUUUAAGUAUUUGUCGUAUUUUUUUAUUAUUUACUAUUCCAAACUAAUGUUAGAAUUAAGAUUAUGUAACCACACAGUUUUUACGUUAGGCUAAAACAUUCCUAAAAUACUCGUUCGUAUAAAUUAUUUCUCGAAAUUCGUUCUUACGGUAUUAAUUAUUUGUGAUAAAAGUUGGAUUAAGUUCGUGUUUUUUUUUAUCCUAUUAUGUUUUUUUUAUACUUAACUUGAAACGGUCGCUAUUUUGAAAAUUGUAUACGUUUUAGCGCCAAAAUAAACCAUUUUGUAGUGUA